CUUGUCCUCGUGGUCGUUUGGACAUGGUCGUUUGGACGUGGGCUUGGCGAGCAUUGGGCCGUGCCGUGCCUAGUGUCAUGGCCCAGUCCAGAACAGGAGCCCCCCAAGUCGAGUCUCUGAGCCAGAGAGAUGACUUAUGUUUCAACUAAGGGUUCCCCGAGACGAUGGGGAAGCUUGAUCGUUAGACAGGUGAGGUCGUAACAGACCUGUUCAUGACCGACCCUUUCUCCGGGAAUGUCGGGGAUGGAGGUGAUCGGUUGGUCUGCACCUUCCUUGUGGUAAACGUGGGUAUGACGCGGGGAGGUGGCGUCUUGGUGAGUCGAGGAGACGGAUAGGUGCUCGGGUCGUUUCAGUUUCUUAUCUUUGAUAGACGUGUCUCAGAAUUAGUGGGGUCGCUUCGUUUCGUGUGCAAAGACGGCGUAGGCAGGCUAGGCAAUGAUGACCUAGCGUGUUGGUCCACGUGCCAAGCCCUAUAAAACAGGGGUUGAGUAACUUCAUUUCCACUUUUUUCGCUCACACGUUCACCGGAGUUCUCCACAUUCUCCCUCGUUUGCUCGCUCUACCGUCUGGACCGCCGUCUCCGCCCGUCCUCCUAUCUGAACCACCGUCUUCUGCUCGGGCACCACCGUACCCCUUUCAACUUAACUAUGUCAGGUGCUACCGGGCGCUUACGACCGAGGAGGGAAGAUUCUGGGUUCUCCACCGAAGACGCGACAAUCGCUCGUCUCCCUGUCGGGGAUGGGAGUGUCCGAGAUGGUACCGAACACGCCUCCUCUUCCGGGCAGGUCGACUUCUCAUGGGUUGCGGACGAGCCCUUGGAGGAGGAAUCAGACUUCUGUGACGAGGCCAUCAUUGCUUACGCUAUGGUCGAGACCAUAAGCCGGGAGGAUCCACCAAACUGGUAUUGCUGCGCCCCCAAGGAAGAAGACCGCAUUUGCCAUCAUUUCCCGGGGAAGCAGUUCACCAUGUAUGAAUUUGCUUUCCGUGAGGCGGGGAUUAGACUGCCCUUCAACUCCUUCCAGAUGUCGGUCUUCAAGUGGCUCCGGCUGGCGCCGUCCCAACUACAUCCUAAUGCUCUCGCAUUUAUGCGGGCAUUCGAGUUAGUUUGCCAGUUCCUCGGCAUUGGUUGCACCCGGGCUCUCUUCUUCCACGUUUUCCAUCUCCAGAGGUCCGGUUCCCGUGGUCGCCACAGUUGGGUUUCUUUCAAGCAGCCCGUGCGUCUGUUCAAGACGUACGAGGAUUCUGUUCGCCAUUUCAAAAACCGGUGGUACGUGGUGAUGCCGAUUACCCGGGCUGCCCUUCACUCUCUAUACUACUAUCAGCGGAAACCCAAUGGGGAGGAGACGCUGAUGUCGAAGAUACCGCUGAGGUGGCAGCGUGAUCAUUUCGAUCUCUCCACGGCGCAUUACCGAGUCAAGUAUGCGAUGCUCGGCGAGGAGGAUAGGCUCGCGUACAAGAAGCUGGUCGAUUACGUGCAGAGCUUCAGCUUGGGGUUCUGGGCGAAUCGACAGGGCGUGCCCUACCUGGAUGAGGCCGGGGAACUAAUCACCGAGGCGCGUUAUAUCAAUACGAAGGCUCUGCUCGAGUGUGAUACCGAGGAGGAAGCUCUGGCGUUAUUGAGUAGGCAGACUUUGUUUAGCUUUUUAUUUCUGUUUAUGACUUCGCUCGCUAAUGUUGGUGUGUAAUUUAUUUGCAGGUGCCAUGCCGAAUGCUCGUGAUCGGGUGCUGAAGCUAGCGAAUCAGGUCGGCGCUCCUGACCGGGUGCCCAAGAAGAAGAAGAAAACUGUGGCCCGUCCCUUGGAGACUGCUGGCGAUGCCGGGGCUAGUCCCUCGCAGGCGGCGAGCGUGAUUCCUUCCUCUCCUCCUCGAUCUAACCCGAUCAACAUUCCUGAUAGCAGUCCGUCGCCAGCGGCUUCUCCCCUCCAUAAACGGAAGCGUCCGGCUGGGGCCCUUACCAGGUCGUCUCCAGGAAGUUCGAAUGGACCGGGCAGCUAUCUUCUACCUCCCUGCUAUGUGGAACGGUCGUUCUUCAAGGCCGAGGAGUCGAUUGCUGUGCCUGCGCCUGAGGCCAAGGCUAUUCUGGACCAGGAUGUUGCUGCCCGGAGGAAAGAUCUGGCCAGGGAUAUUGCUGCUGUCAUCCGGGUGAUGGAGACGGCCAUGGUUUUGACCGACACUUCGGUCUCCACCGCCUCGCUGGAGGAUGCCCUUUUGCAGGUUCGGACGGAGAAGGAAAGACUAUCUAAAGAUCUGUCGGACUACAAAGAAGAGCAUCAGCUGCAGGAAGGGCUGAGCCAGAAGCUGGAGGAGGUGGAAAAGGAGAGGGACCAGUUGAAGGCUGCUAAGGCGAGCUUGGAAGAGCAGGUGGUCGACCAUCAGAAGCUGACCGAGGACAACGCUGGCCUACGGGCUCAGGUUGAGUCUCUCGAGGGAAAGGUCCGUCCUCUGGCAGAUGAGACCGAGGAGGAACGCGCCCUUGGUUCGCGCGGUGAGCUGCUAGGGCAUAUUCGGACUCUCAACCAAGAUCUCGUGGCCUGCUUCAAAGAGGGUUUCGACAAUGCUGUCGAGCAGCUCGGGCUUCUGAACCCUGAGUUGGUGACAGUAGGGUCGGCCUAUAACUGCUGCGUCCGGGAUGGUGAGAUUAUCUGCCCGUUUGAAGCGGAGGAGGAGCUGGGGGGAGAAGAAGAAGAAGAGGAUGAAGAGGUGCUCCGAGCGGAGUCUUAG